GUGAGCUGAAGUCCGCUCUCAGGAGCCCGGGCUGCCAGGGGGGCUUCUCUGCAGUGCAGGGCUGCAAUUUGCUGAAGGAGGCAAAGAACCUCCUCAGCUCUGAGCAGGGCUUUUAGUGUGCUCAUUGAUGAGUGAAAGUCGCCACACAUGUCAAGCUAAAGGCAGUUGUUGGGUUCCUAACAGGACACAACGCCUUGCAAACAUAUGCGUUAAGCUGUGUAUACAGAUGGCAGGGAGAAGAAUGGAGCAGGCGCCUUUUAUAAAGCUCUAGCUGAUGCCUGUCUUCAGAGCUGGGAAAUGAAACGAUUCCGACUCAGGGCCAGCUAGCGCCGGGGAUUGUUUGUUACCGUUUUAAUCCUAUUAAUUACAACGUUAACCUGAUUGGGUGGAAAGCUCUGUCCCAACAGGCGAGUCUUCCUCAUAAUAACCUACUCUCCGAGAUAAUGAUGUAAAAGCCUCCCCCGUCUGUGGCGGCGGCUGGUUGAUGGGUCCGGAAAUCUCUUGAAGGUGAAGCCGAGCAAGAUAAACGGGGGCUGCCGGCGGCUCACAAUGCCCGAGCACGCCGCGCGCUGAGAGCCGAGCCGCGCCGCGCCGCGCCGCGCCGAGCCGAGCCGCCGCCGCCCGGAGCCCCCCGCCCAGCCCGGCCCGGCCCGGCCCGGCCCGGCCCGGCCCAGCCCAGCCCAGCCCCGGCGGCUCGGGGCCGCGGAGGAGAAGCGGCGGCGGAGGGGGGAGGAGGAGGCGGAGGCGGAGGAGGAGGACCCGGCGUCCGGAGGGGCCGAUGGAGAGGGCGCUGAGCCUGGCGGCCGAGGAGGACUUGUUCCACAAGACGCUCGGCGCCUCGGCCAAGAGGAUGGAGUCCGCCUUCCGCCAGCCGCCGGGGCUCGACCUGUCCCACCAGCGCGACCGCCAGCCCUCGCCCCUCGGCUGCUUCGAGCCGGCCGACCCCGAGGCGCUGCUGCAGCCCGUGGGCGCCGGGGGGGACCCGCUGGCCCUGCCCGCCGGCUCCGUGUGCGGCAAGUACGGCGAGGGCGGCGGGCGCGGCGAGAGCAGCGGCGAGCAGAGCCCCGACGACGACAGCGACGGCCGCUGCGACCUGGUGCUGCGCGGCGGGGCCCCGCGGGCCGCCUCGCCCGGCGCGGGGGGCGCUGCCGGCGGCGGCGGGGGCGCCCUCAAGGCGGCCGAGGGCGGCUGCUCCAACAGCCACGGCCACGGUCACGGCGGCAAGAAGUCCAAGGAGCAGAAGGCGCUGCGGCUCAACAUCAACGCGCGCGAGCGGCGGCGGAUGCACGACCUGAACGACGCGCUGGACGAGCUGCGCGCCGUGAUCCCCUACGCGCACAGCCCCUCGGUGCGGAAGCUCUCCAAGAUCGCCACGCUGCUGCUGGCCAAGAACUACAUCCUCAUGCAGGCGCAGGCUCUCGAGGAGAUGCGGCGCCUCGUGGCGUACCUCAACCAGGGCCAGGCCAUCUCGGCCGCCUCCCUGCCCAGCUCGGCGGCGGCGGCGGCGGCGGCGGCGGCCGCCCUGCACCCCGCCCUCGGUGCCUACGACCAGGCGGCCGGCUACCCCUUCAGCGCCGGCCUGCCCCCCGCCACCUCCUGCCCGGAGAAAUGUGCCCUCUUCAACAGCGUCUCCUCCAGCCUCUGCAAACAGUGCACGGAGAAGCCUUAGGACACGCGCCCCCGGGGGGCGGCCGGGCCGGGGUGGGCUGGGGGCCGAGACGCAGAGACUCGUGCGAACUCCUCCAACUCCCCCGCGGUGCCUAGCGGGGCCGGGAGGCUCGGGCAUCUCCUGGGGGAGGGGGCUUGAUCGCAACCGAGACCUCAGCGAAGUCAAAAAUCUGUUGCUACGAACUAUCUGGCAGCGUCUGUGUGUGUGAGUGCGAGUGAGAGUGCGGACAAAGACCGAGCAGAGAGGGGAGGAAGGGAAGGGAAAGCGACCCCCCUCCAAAAAAAGAUGAACCCCUUUCCCCCCCCCCCCCGACCCCCUUCUCUCCACCCGGUUUCCAUCCAGCUUGCUAAGAACUGGGACCUGCGGGAGCGCGGCCGAGGUGGGCAGGCUCCAGCCCGAGCGGAAGGGGCACUGGGGACCACGCUGGCGAGCCCCCUUCAGUGGGGUCGGGCUCCUUCUCCUCCAAAAGGCCCUCCCAAGCAAGUGCCCGAAGCAUCGCUAGGAAGAAAAAUACUUUUUUUUUUAUGAUGAUGAUUGUCUCAAACUUUGAGCCCGUGGAAAUGCGCGAAGUUUUGGGCGAGAUCGGUUGAAACAAGAAGAGAGAGAGGAGAGAAGAAGAAGAAAAAAAAACCCCUACUCCGUGUGGCUGAAAGUACUGCAUUUUAAAAGAGGAAAAAAAAAUCUGUGCACCUUGGUCCCUUCCACUUUGCAAUGAUGUAUAAACAAGACAGGCUAUUUAUUUGUUAUUCUUUCAAUGACCCCUUUCAUGCCAACACCAUUUUAUCAUGUGUUAAGGUCACGGGUCUUAUGUGCAGCUUUAUUAUUAUUUGCUUUUUUUUCUUCUUCUUUUCUUUUUUAAACGCUUCUCCAAUUCUGUCCUAUGGAUUAAACUGUGUGCCAAGUGUUGCGAGCGUUUCAUUUGCCAACAAAGUAUAACCAGAACUAUUGCUGUAUCAGAGCUGCUGAGGUUUCUGAAAGGUCAGCUGGAUUUUAAGUUGCAUCAUCCCUGUAUUUAAAUUGAGCUUUAAUAAAUUGCUUCAGUCCAAAAAAAUUACAGGAAAGGUGUAUUCUUAAUUGCUGAAUGAACCAUUUUCCUUUUUUCUUUCUUUUUUUUUUUAAGGGUAUUCUUUGCAGUAUAAAAGGUAACAGCUAUUUACUUUUGACAAGGCAUCACAGCAAAUAGCUCCUAUAAGAAAGAUUAUUUGUCAAGCUAAUGUUGUUCCAGGCGCUGUGCACAUAUAUAUAUAUAUAUAUAUAUAUAUAUUUUCUGUUUUGCAAAAGUAUAAUUUAAUUGCUUUUAAUAUGUAUGUAAAUUAUUCUGUCUGUGGAUGACUAUUUAAGUUGAACUACUCUAGGCUGACUGACUUGCAGAACGCGUGAAACCUUUUUGUUUGUUUGUUUUUGUUAUUAUUUUUCUAAGUAUAUUAAGAAAUGAAGAGCAAGAAGUAGCUAUUUACCCAAAGUGAGCUUUCAGUUUGAGUUUGCAUGGCUGGGUGGCUGUCUCUGCCAUUUGUAAAUCAAGAUUUUUUUUUCCCCCCCUCCCUUCAAAAACGAGUCCUGCUAUUUUCCACUCCUUGCAGAUAAUACAAAUUCGGACUGUCAGUUUGGAUGGCAAAAAAGGAGCCAUGAUGAAUCUGUUGGCAGGUCAUGGAUGUGUAAAGAGUGCUAUAUAUUAAAUAGGUCAAUCAGAUGAUGACAGCAAUGUACGAUCGUUUGUAUGUGUAUCUAUGUCGGAAAGAAUCUUUAUUAAAAUAUUUUGAACAAA